ACAGGCCAAAAUGUUGCUUUAUUUUAUGAUCGAAAAUGGGUAUUUGGCUUUUACAUUCCGUUUCCUUGUCCCACUGCAAACAUGCUGAUUCGAUAUACAACGGAAGAAGAAUGGCGGUUUUUUAGAUCCAGAUCGGAUCUUGCUGAAUGUGAGCAUGGUUUGUUUCUAUGUUAGCGGUUACGAGACGCGUCGAUUUCUUUCGAGUUUUCGAUAAAAUCUUUCUGGGAGCACGUAGUGGUCUGAUGAGAGAGCUUCCUUCGAGCUUCGUCUGGGCUCUGUUCUGUUGAAUGGUUAUUGGGUUUUCUGUAUCCAUCAAAAAAAGUUAUUGGGUUUUCUGCGUUUCUUAUCAGGAAUGUUGAUGCUUGUUUCAUGCAAGAUGUGCUGAAGCCUUUUUUUUCAAGGGUUUUGAUUCUGCUCAAAUUUGUUUUUCUUUUUCCUUUUUAGAGUAUUGGUUUGUUUGGCUUGCUUUUAGCUGUUUCCUUACUUUUGAUUUUCCGUUUUCGAUCUUUUGGUGGAGAAAUGCCUUCUUUAUUCUUUUACCAUUUGAAGUUCCGCUGAUUUGGAAUCUGUAAUGGGUAGUUUCUGCUUUUGUCUUUGGUUUGAGUUUUGGGAUUGGGGCUGACCGGUUUUAUGGUAUGAAGGGAUUGGUCGAUAGGGGUUAGAACUGGGAUUUUUGUUUCUAUAUUGAAGAGAUGAAAGUAUGAAACCGUUUAAGCCGUUUUAGGAUCUUCUUUGGAAAUUUCAUUUUUUUUUCAGGAAAUUCUUGUAUAAAAUGGGAAUCCUUUAACUCAUUUAAGAGGGCUACAAGGACUACUAGCCUGAUGGUUUCGUGUUUGCCUUCAGGUUUUUGUUUAUUAGCUUGUGUUUGAAGAGUUGGCGUUAGGAGUUUGGCAGUUCAGGUGGAUUUCUUAACAGUGAUAACAACCUGAAGAACAUUGUUGCCAAUUCUAGGGUUGCUAGGGUUUUUUUUCUUUCUUUCUUUUUUUUUUUUUUUUUUCAUUUUGGUCUUGAGAUUUCGGAUGGAGGGUAUUCUGUGAAAGUUUGGUGAAUGGGGAUUCAGACAAUGGGGUCUCAAGGUGGUGGUGGUGGCGGCGGCCAACAAUCGCAAUUUCAGCCAUUGUCUCGGCAAAGCUCAUUGUAUAGCCUCACACCCGAUGAAGUUCAGAACCAAUUGGGGGACUUGGGGAAGCCACUGAGCAGCAUGAACCUUGAUGAACUUCUUAAGAAUGUCUGGACAGCGGAAACAAACCAGGCGAUGGGGAUGGAUGUGGCCAAUGCUGCCUCAGCUGGUCAACUUGCUUCGGCAUCUGCUUUGCAGCGACAGGCAAGCCUGACAUUGAUUAGGGCUCUCAGCAAGAAGACCGUCGAUGAUGUAUGGAUAGAUAUCCAACAAGGCCAGAAAAAUAGUGAUGAAGAAAAGAAAGUUCAGGAAAGGCAACUGCAGCGACAGGCAAGCCUGACAUUGAUUAGGGCUCUCAGCAAGAAGACCGUCGAUGAGGUAUGGACAGAUAUCCAACAAGGCCAGAAAAAUAGUGAUGAAGAAAAGAAAGUUCAGGAAAGGCAACCUACUUUGGGUGAGAUGACAUUAGAGGACUUCUUAGUUAAAGCAGGGGUUGUUGCCGAAGCUUCUUCGGAUAUGCAAAACGUAGGUACUACUGUGGGAGUUGACCAAGGUGCAGCUCCCCCACAAAGUUUUCCACAGCAAUCUCCGUGGUUGCAAUAUUCAGUACCUCCAAUGCAGCAGCAGCAACAACAACAACAUCAACAACAUCAGCAGCAACAUCCACAGCAAAAUAUGAUGGGAGUUUACAUGCCUGGGCACCCGGUCCCACAGCCUCUCCCUCUGAGUGGUACCCCUCUUUUGGAUGCACGAUACCCUGAUAAUCAAUUGGCUAUGUCAUCCCCAUUGUUGGGGACACUAACAGAUACACAGACACCUGGGCGGAAAAGAGUUGCUCCAGGAGAUAUAAUCGAGAAAACCGUUGAGAGGAGGCAGAAAAGAAUGAUCAAGAACAGGGAGUCUGCAGCUCGGUCCAGAGCUAGGAAGCAGGCAUACACCAAUGAACUUGAGAACAAAGUCUCACGUUUAGAAGAGGAGAAUGAAAGGCUCAAGAAACAAAAGGAGCUGGAGAAGAUGUUGCCAUGUGCACCUCCUCCAGAACCAAAGUAUCAGCUUAGAAGAACAAGUUCGGCACCUAUCUAACAUGUGUUUAUAUGGAAGUUUUGUAGAAUUGCAUGCAUGGUUUCCUUGCAUUUAGAUGCUGGGUAUCCUCUCGAUCUCCCUAAAUGGUGAGGUUAACCUUGUAAGCUGGUGGGGGUGCUUAGAAGUUCUUUUCUCAGAUCUUUGCGUUGCUUUUACUGUUGUUUCUGUUGGUUUUCGCACCCUAACAUAUUGGUUGUAUGUACAUUUAUGUUUAGUUGUCUUUAAGUUUACAAAGCACCAUAAUUCUGCAUGUUGAACAUGUAGAUUUGUCAUUAAAAAUAACAAUCAAGGCUAUUAGUUCAGACGUCGGGUCUUUUGUGUGAA